AUAUCGAUAGUUACAUUUGUUUAAUAACACAUCGAAGAAAAUAAUUUCCACAAUAUUCGGAUCUAAGGCGGUCUUCAUCUAUGUAUCGCAUUCAGUGGCACGCAUUUGACUCUCUGUGCGGUUUUGGCAUAUAAACCCUUCGAGACUCUCGGUCUCGGGUAGGAGUGUACUCUGUCUGCGAGGGUAAGUGGGAUGUGGUGUUGGAAGAGAGGUGGUGUGGAAAGAGAUAUCUGUGGCGCUUGCAAUACUACCCAGGUGAAAACAAAAAUACAUACGACAAUGUCCAAUAAGGCAAGUCUGAUGAAGCAGGUGGCACACAUAUCUCAAAAUGCAGCAAAAACACUUCAGGAAGCAGAAAUUGAUGACACGCAGCUUCUUACUUUGACAAGACAGGAUCUGAAUGAACUACUUCCAGGACCCACUAAUUUCCAAAUAAGGAGAAAGAUUAUGGACUUCAUUACUGCUUCAAAGCAAAAGUCAAACCGCACCAGAGUGGAGUCACUUAUUAAGUCCCUUUUAGAUCUGGUUCCAAAAGACUCACUUGUUUCUGGAGAUGUUCUGCACAACUAUCUUCUCGUCCUCAAAGACAUGGAAGUGCAACUGAGAAGUGUUUUAGACUUUUUACAGCAGCACAUUCAUCAGUUGGACCGACUAGGCCAAUGUGAUCCAAUGCAACUGGACGAGAAAAAACACAGAGAUGAAAAGCCAAAUAAAGGCCAGCUAAAUGCAUGCCAUGAUUGCAAUCAAUCUCAGGUGGACCCCUGGACUCCUCCUCCCAAUUCAGUUUCAGAUCUUGUGGUUGAAACUCUUCGUACUCACUACAUACUGGGUGCAGAGAAGGCUUUUGUUAGCAAGCUCAGCCAGCAUCUCACCAACUUUGCAAUAAGAGUGCUGACAAAAGGCUAUGAAAAUACCUCUGGUAAUGCGGUGCUGGUCUUCUGCCCUGUACACUCCCGAGUUGGGGCCGAUAUUGAAGAAGCAACCAAGAAGAUUCCCACAAAUAAAAAUGCCGUCCUGGUGGUGAUGCACCAUACUCACGAUCCAAACCGGGUUUUGUCUGAGAGCAGCAGGCUGGUGAACAGGACUAAUAUAGUGGAGACUGUGGACUGCCUGUUCCAUGAGACUGUGGGAUUACUGGAGUGUGAAGUGAAUACCCAAGCCAUAGUGAAAGUCAGUUCUGCAUUGCAAAAAUACCUGUGAAACAUGAAAAGUCAUUUUGAACCAUAGGAAAGAGCACCUCUGAUGGUAAGAUACCAACCACUAAAUACACGUGUAAAAAGUUCAGAAAAUGCAAACAUUUACACUUUCCCCUGAUGAAACGGGGUUUCCAAAAUGAAUGCAAUGCUUAUCAAGACUUAACAUUUUCCAGUUCCCUGUUUAAGGGGAGCUACUGUAUAAUCCCGCAUGUUUUUUAGGCAUUGUAGUUGUGUAGCAUCCUCUUAUCACUUGCACAAGACCUGGAAAAAAAAGUGAAGUACAAUCAAAUACAGCCAGUGAAGGGGCAGCUUAAUCAGUCAGCAGCUGGCUUAUGCAGCAAUACUGUUCUUGACCAGAGCGACUGCCAUGGAAAGAGAAGGCCUGCGUAGCGCAGCUCAGUGGUUCUCUUUUACCAAGAACACGAAAGAUAGUGUUUACUACAACAUAACCAGUCACAAGCAAACAUGAGCUCUUGGUCAGUGAUUAAACACAUUUCGGGCUAUGUGAAUUCUGUUACUAAACAAAACAAAAAGUCAAUAGAAAGGGCAAAACAGUCAAGCCAUAAAACAACUAAGUCAUGAACUGAAUCACAGCCAAAUGUGAAAUAAAGAAGCACUGAAAUAAUAGGGAUCCACAUCUUGAAUGGAAAGAUAACUAAAACUCUAUACAUUUUAUCUUACAACCCUUAAAAAAGAUUUUCAAAAUGAACGCAAUGCUUACAUAACAUUUUCCAGGUCUCUGUUCACUGAGCAUUUUUGUACUUACUGCAGUUUGAUUGCAGUACAUCUUUUUCAGCUACAAAGGGGGAAACGUGGAAAAAAGAAAGUAUAUACCAUACUGUACUAAGUGAAUAAGAAAAGCCAGAGGGUAAGCAAACCAAGAAAGGUUUCGAGACUCAAACACAGUGUUAUGUGUGUGUUGCCUGACAUUUUACAACUUUUUACAUUGUAUGAGUAUUGUAUGCCUUUAAAAAGGCAGCUGUUCAUUCACAGUCUUCUUUUUCUCCAACUGAGUCCAUUCCAUAUAGAAAUUAUAUUAACAAUAUUAACACUUAAGACUAUGGGCACUUCUCUAGGAUUGACUAAAAUGCAUAUACCAGACAUUCAUGUAAUAUUUUUUUGUAUACUAUAAUCAGAAAUUGCACAUUAUGCAACAUUUUUCAUUUCUGUGCCAAGCUCAGUUUCGAUAUAAAUCCCUUUCUGAAAAUGAACUGAAAAUCAGUCAUUAUGUAUUUGUAUCUAAACGGGCGUUCCUCACCAAGUGAUUGGACAUCCGUAGAGCUUUUCACAGGCUUUUGCCCUUUUAUAUGCACAUACUUCACAACUAACCCAUCUAUGGUUAAAGAAAGCUAUAUAAACUGUGCCAAAUAAUAUGUAUUUACAGUACUACUUACUUGAAGACAUAAGACUCAAGAACUCAACUUGUUCAUUUUUCGUCACAAUAAUUUUAUUUUAAUGAGCUCUUAUACUGUACAAAAGCUCACACUUUGCAGAACAAAUUUUUCCGCUAGGGCACCAGAACUUAAUCUGUAAUCACUGCAUUUCAAAUUAAUGUCACCCACCCUAUUCCAUUCCAUUCUCUAAACAAAUUUACUCCCACCCUUCAAUACAAAAAACAUGUUCUGCAAUCACUUUACAAUCAAUCGUUGCUUAAAUGAAAAACACAGCAAUCUCAAUAUUUUACAUUCCAGCAGAAUUUCUCUGUGAAGAAUCACCUACAGCACAACACCUGAGCAGGGUGCUCACUGCAUUUAAACAGGAGACAGGAACAGAAACACAUUGUUCAAAAAGUGAUGGAACAGGGAGGAAUGAACAGAAGCAAUCUACAGUAUAUAUCAGAUGGUUUUUAAAUCAGAUAGGGAUUUUUUUUUUUAAAUGGUGCUUUUUUUUUAAUAGCAGUGUUGACCAUUCUGCACAGUGUUACUGCAUGAACACCUACCCAUCCUUUGCCAGAAAAUGGCUUGUCCUGGUGAGAGCUGAGGCAGCCCAGAGCCCCUCCCAGAAGCACAGGGCUGCUGUCCAUCUCAGGGCCACCAGGAAAGGGAUGAUUUCGGGAGGUGGGAGCAAACCAGAGCACCUGGAGAAACUCCACACAAUCCCAGGGGGAGCAAGCACAUUCCACACAGGAGCCCAAUCCGGAACUGAACCCAGGACCUAACAGCUGUGAGGCAAUAUCAACAUGCCAUUAAGCUGUCCUACAGCAUAAAGAAUCCCCAAAACUGUAAUUUCAGUAAUAGUUACUGUACUAAGAGUAAGUUUUUUAAGCAGGGGAUAUAGCAAAAUAAUAUAAAUUCCCUUUGGAAAAACUAGGGCUGUCUACCGCUUGCCACUGUUCCCGAGUAGUGGUGCUUUUGUUUUCCUUUAUACAUUGAAACUGGGGGCAACGGAGUUUGCUGAAUUCCACAUUUCAAUGUCUUAGAAAACUGGGAAAACAUGCUUGUGGUUGCAAACCAUCUCAUUCCUCUUCAUACCCCAGGAGAUAUGUUAUAAUCCUUAGUUUCACAGGGAUUGCACAAUUACUUUUUUAAAGAUAAAAAACACAAGUGCCUAAUCAAUCACCUGACAUUGUGUUAAUCAAUGUUUACACAGAAUGCCAUUUGGAGGUUUUUUAUUUUCUGUGUGGGACCCAUGUCUGCAGUGUGCAAUAGUGAUAACUGAAAAGGUGUACUGUACUGGUAGCAAUGUAGAAAGCAGUAACUGCAGCUACACAAACACAAUUUUACAUUAUGGUGCUACCAUUGACUUUUACAGCUGUCUAGGCAAGCAGUAGCAUUUAAUUCAAACAUCACAAAGCACAUUUUAUUUUAGCCAAAAAACCCAUAGGGAGACCUCACGUCUUAUACCCAUCGGAAGUGACAUCAGAUAACAUGAUUGAAAGUACUGUUUAACAAUAAAGCUGCUUAAAUUGCUUGUUUUGUGGCUCCAUACAUGUCCCUUCAUGAAAAUAUCCUAACAUUAGUUUAUAGGAAUGACAUACUGUACUUGUCCCUCACACCCAACUAAAAACAAAGCUUUGCAAGAAACAAUCAAGUUUGAUUAUCUGUACUUAAAUUAUGUAUGUAAAAAGGAAACCGUAUGUAUUGCCAUUAAGAUUGCUUCAUUAUUGUUUGUUCAUAGUAAUGAUAACUGUGUAAAAAGAUAACCCCUUAAAAGCAGCUCUCGCUUAUAUUACUAGCAAAUAGAGGCAAAAUGCUCAGUCUUUCAGAUGCCUUAGACUGCCUUGUGUAUAUCUGUGACAGCACACUAAUCCUCUAACUAGCUGCAUUUAAAUCCCAAAAAUUUGAACCAGAAAAAUGUGGUGCUUCACUGUAGAGAUGCUUAAUUGGCCUCUCUACCAGUCUUUGUCAUUGCACAGAGCCAGAUGAGCCUUCAGAUGUGCCUGUAAAAAAUCAGGGAGCCAUUACCUCCUGAGAACAAAUGCUUGUACAUACACAAGCAGAGCUAAGCAUUGCAUAACUUAAUUGAUAGAAUGAAAGUGUACUGGGCCUCUAGUGCAAUAAAAAGAUUUCUAAUAUACUGGUGACUAUGCAUUGCAAAUGUGGCAGUUAAUGGGGUUAACUUUGGAUGUAAAAUAAAAUGGAGCAUAUCUGUAGACAUUUGUAAGCAUUUUAAAGUUGUGCAAAUGCAUGUAAAGCUUUUGAAUAUGUACAUUGAUUACUUUAAGUGUUCAGAAAAAUGUUAAUUGUAAUUGG